CACUUUCCCUUCUUUCCCAGCUCCAUAAAUGCCACAAUCUAUCCCAUCUCUCAGGCAAACAAAUCAAACGCAAAGAAAUUUCAAUUAUUUACAGCUUUCACGAUGCAUAAGAGUCCUUCAGGAUCACUGGGCCCAGGCGGGCUUGACCUGAGCCAGGUCUUCUUCAAGCCUAUCCACAACACUGCUGCGCCUUCCCCCACCAAGCGCCAUACCAAAAUCUCCGUCAUUGGCACCGGCAAUGUGGGGAUGGCAAUAGCCCAAACCAUCCUCACCCAAGACUUAGCCGACGAGCUGGCUCUCGUCGACGCCAAGGCCGACAAGCUCCGCGGUGAGAUGCUCGACCUCCAGCACGCGGCUGCCUUCCUCCCCCGCACGAAAAUCCAGGCUUCCACUGAUUAUUCCGUCACUGUCGGAUCCGAUCUCUGUAUCGUCACUGCUGGGGCGCGCCAGAUCCCGGGAGAGUCUAGGCUGAACCUGCUGCAGAGGAACGUGAACCUGUUUGAAAAGAUCAUCCCUCCGCUUGCCAAGUACUCGCCCGAUUCCAUUUUGAUGAUUGUUUCCAAUCCGGUUGAUGUUUUGACUUAUAUCGCGUGGAAGCUCUCUGGGUUCCCAUCGAAUCGUGUGAUCGGAUCGGGUACAAACUUGGACAGUUCAAGGUUUCGGUUCUUGAUCGCGGACCAUCUCGAUGUUAACGCCCAGGACGUGCAGGCCUACAUUGUUGGUGAACACGGUGAUAGUUCAGUGGCGUUAUGGUCCAGCAUAAGUGUUGGGGGAGUGCCAAUACUGACCUUCUUAGAUAAGCAGCAAAUUGCCUACGAGAAGGAGACUCUGGAGAACAUUCACAAAGCAGUUGUGGACAGUGCAUAUGAAGUUAUUAGUCUCAAGGGCUACACUUCUUGGGCAAUUGGCUACUCUGCUGCUAACUUGGCUCGCUCCAUACUUAGAGAUCAGAGAAAAAUCCACCCUGUUUCAGUCCUUGCAAAGGGUUUCUACGGCAUUGAUGGUGGGGAUGUCUUCUUGAGCUUGCCAUCACAGCUGGGUAGAGGCGGAGUCUUGGGGGUCACCAAUGUGCAUUUGACGGAGGAAGAGGCACAGCGACUCAGAGAAUCGGCUAAGACCCUCCUGGAGGUGCAAAGCCAAUUGGGAAUAUGAGUCUAUGGACUUUGCAAGUUACAAUGUUGCAUUUCGUAGGGAGUCUGCAGGCUAGCCUAGUCUUUUUUUUCCCCUUCAUUAUCCUCCAUUUAGAAGAUCAUAUGAAAUGUCUCACUUGUCAACUGCGAGCCUAAUCUGAUUUUAUUUUUGAAUUUUGUACUUCCGAAUUUGCAAAAAAAAAAACUUUUGCUUUUUUCGUC